AUGGCUCAAUCUGACAGCGCUGGAGGGAGUGAGACUCGUCCUCCACAGAAACACUACCGCCGACCACGACGGCGACCUGCCUAUCUUCGAACCAAGACUGGUUGUUUGACUUGUAGGCAGAGAAAGAAGAAAUGCGACGAGACGCGAUUCAUUUGUCAAAACUGCUCUCGAGGGAGUCUGUCGUGUGUCUGGCCAGAGGCCAACGGUACCGGGAGAAGCAGGCCCCAAUUCUCACCAGAUGAAGGAUCUUCUACAGAGCCGUCUUCGACCAGUUCACCAGAUUCCGUAUCUGUGGAUGGUCACAGUAAUGAGGAUAUGACACUUGCGGUGCGUGAAUCGCCAGAAUAUCGACCGAGCCUGGAUGAAUGCGACUUCACAAUGACACCAUUAUCAGACGAUGAUCUAUCGCUGUCCAUCUAUACACCAUCUACAUUAUACUCCCCUGCCAUUACACCUGAUAGUAUCCUCCUAUUCGACUUUCUACAGAUGGUAUUCCUCCGACAGCUCAUUCGACCAAUGGCCCACGAGUCCGUGAUCGAACGCUUCAACGCAGAAGGCCUGAAACUAGCCUUCCAAACACCAUACUUUAUGCAUGCUCUUCUAGCUUGCUGUGGCGCAGAGAUUCCAGUCGAAACACCUCACCAUUACCGGCGAAUCGGGGAGACACAUUACGCCAAAGCCGUGGCUGGAUUGCGGGCCGAUCUAGCUGCGGGGGAUUUACAGUAUAAAUUGACUACGAUGCUGCGUGCUGUUAUCAUACUAUGUAUCUACGAGCGAUCAAAACCACGUCUUUCCCGAGGCGUCGAUGUCCACCUCCUUGGUGCAGCACAACUCAUCCAACUAUAUUUCCACCGCGACUCUUUCCGUCCCAGCUCAUCACAAACAGAAGCCGUUACACAGCGUUUAAUCCUCGAGGCAUUUAUAUUCCACACCGCAACCAGUAUCCCAUUCCAACCAGCGACGAACUCCGCACUGAUCGACUCUGCCUUUUCGCUAGCAGAAUACAACCUCGAAGCGUUUUUCCAUCCAGAGACUCCUCUCCAUGCAGGAUCGCCUGUUCUUGGUGUUCCUCCGCGAUUGUUUGGGUAUAUUCGUGAAGUGGCGCUGAUGUAUCGGGAAUAUCCAGUGGAGGGGGUGAAUGUGAUACGUUGCUGUGAGCUGGAGUAUACACUAAGACAAUGGGAUAAGGAGACAGUAACAAAAUGUCUUUCUUAUGGAGAAAUGGACACCCAGAAUCUACUCGAUCCCAUCCUCAGCUUCAACACACCAACAAACUCCCCAAACGCCCUACUCCUAGGCCCAAGACUCUACGUCCUAGCAGCACGAAUCCUCCUCAACCGCAUGACCAGUUCCGAAUCACACACCAAAAACACAAACACAAAUCCAUGCUACCGUGCCUUGGUCUCCGAAGCAAUGAACCUCGCCAGCCAGCUACAGCCAUCAUCAGACUACUUUGCAGAAUACUACGGAUGGCCGUUUUUCGUUCUCGGGAUAUCUGUGACCCAGAAAUCGGAUCGGGAUUGUCUCAUGUCGCAGAUUUGGGCGUUUUGGGAGGCUACGAGGAAUGGAACAAUGAGGAGAUUGGUGGAUAUGUUGCUGGAUUAUUGGCGGACGGGGGUGUAUAAUGGUGUUAUUGAUUGUAUGGGUUGA